AUGUCCAGCCACGGUGGGUCUGAGGAGCUGGUGCGGGAGGCCACGCCAGCUGUUAACAGGAUCGUUUCAGCUGAGGGCUCAGAGGCGGAGGCGAGCUACCGGGAAAGUGAGCUGAUUCCGUCGCGCCAAGCUUUAGAGGCUGCGUCGAAAGUUCAGGUUCUAGGACCGGGUGCGCGAGCACCGCUGGUCAGGAGCGAGGGCCAUGCAGUUCUUCUGGUGCAAAGCGGGCUGGUCGAGUAUGGCCGAUGCCCCUGCCCUACCCCUGUGGCCGCACGUCAGGACCUCAAGUUAGCUUUGGGUGAGCCACUGUCAGCCAAGCAGUGGGCCGCUGUCCUAUCCUUGCGUCAGGGAGUCAGGGCCUGGAACUCCUCUGGCCCCUUCACCCCUCAGGAUCUGGGCCGCGCUGCUGGCAAGUUCGAAGGUCUUCACGAUAUGUUGGAUGCUUGUCAGGAGGAGUGGCGAGCCCUCCUCCGAGCAGGCUCUCCUGCAUCUGAAAGCCUCUUUUCAUAUUCCGCCCCUUGCAGCGUUCUUCCUGUCGAGCCCAGUCGGCUGAACUUUGUCGGGAAGCCUUCUUUCGACCCUAGGCCUUACCUUGAUAGCCGAAACCGAGCUACCUACUCCAGGCCCCUAGACUAUGCUCGGGAGCUUGGGGAGGAUGAGCCUGUGCCAAGGGUUUCAGUUCGGGCCGACAAGAGGCAAACUCGGGAGCUCCUCGAGCUCCUGGACCGGUCCGGCAGACUUCGUCUCUUCCGGAAAGAGGAGGUCAGGCCCAGGCUGCGCAGCGGUCUCUUCUCUGUCGCGAAAGACCAUGCCCGGGACAGGAUGGUCCUUGAUGCCAGGCCACCUAACCUUGCGGAGGAGACCGAGUCCAGAUGGAUACGGUCCCUCGGGACCUUGGAGCAGUUCCAGUUCAUUUUCCUUCCCCCCGACCGAGACUUCGAGAUCUACACGGAGGAUCUCAAGGAGUUUUAUCAUGCUUUCGUGGUGACGGAGCAGAGGGCCAGGAGGAACGUGUUCGCUCUUGAGUUGGAGUACGACGACGUCGCCCACCUUGCAGCCUGCUCGCGCUCCCUCCGAGGCCACACGAUCAUCCCCGGUUUAAACACCAUGGCGAUGGGGGACCUGAAUGCCGUUGCCUACGGGCAAGCAUCCCACUUGGCAGUGCUGCUGCGGACGAAAGCAUUGGUGCUAGCUGACUUCGUGACACUCCGUGGAAGACCGCCGAGGCCCGGGAAGCAAAUCGCAGGUUUGCUUAUCGAUGAUUUCUUGUUGCUUGAUCCCGUGCCACGGAGCCUCAGUGUCAAAGCGCCUGACCCCCCUGGGACCCAGACUAUGCGCGCCGUCAUUGAAGGCUACCGGUCCUCUGGCCUGCCCAGGAAUGAAGGUAAGUCUGUCAGCAGGGCUCCCUACGCUGAGUUCUGGGGCGGGGCUCUGGAUGGGAAGACGGGAAUUCUCCGACCGAGCCCGAAGCGGGUCGGGGCUCUCGCUCAGUUUAUCCUGAAAGUGGUGCGAGGCUGCUCAGCCUCCUGGACGCGAUCUAUCGGGUCCAGCGCCAUCGGGAUCGCCGAGCUUUCGUGCCAGGUCUAUGUUGACCUGCGAGCCCCUGCCGCUCCUUCCCUCCUUGCCUCGGAUGCCUCGACCUCUGCCGAAGCUAGCGUUGUGGCAGGCCUUCCAGAGGCCUUGUCGCUGGAGCUCACCAGACAUGGGUUGCAGAGAGGAGUGUUACAGCUCGCACCCCCUUUGGGAGGAGCUCUGGACGAACUCACCCGGGGUGCCGCUACGUGCAUUUGCAAGACUCACAGGUCUUUAGCCUCCUACAUUGCAAGCCGAGUCAGGUCCUUCGAAGGUCUGCGCCCCCUGGCUUGUUUCGGCCUGAAAGGGAAGGUUGACGCCUUUCUGCAUGGUCUGGGCUUGGACCUUCGACAGCUCGCUGGGCUCCCUGAUGAGCGAGAGCUUCUGCCUGAUGGGCCGAUGGCCGAGGCCCUUCUUCUGCUGCAGAGGAGUGUUGUUGGGACCGCCGAGGCCCUCGAGAUCUUCCGGCGUCUGCCCAAGGAGGUCUCGGCGAGGAGAAGCUGCGAAGCCUUCCCGAGAUCGGUCCAGCUGCUGACUCGAGUGCUUCGAGAAGCUAAGCCCGGCUUCGUCUUCAGCUCCUUGAGUGUCAAUCAGAAUGUCAAGACCCUCCCUCACGUCGACCUGAACAACUUGUCAGGAGAGCCGAACGUUGUGUUGCCGCUCUCCCGUUUCCAGGGAGGGGGAAUCUGGGUUGCCGCCAAGGGAGGGCGGACGCCUCUCAACCAUCGCGGCGCCACUCUCGAAGGCGAGGUCCUCCCCGUGAGUCAGCGUGCGGUUGCUUUCGACCCUCACCGCGUUCAUGCUACCCAAGCCUGGAAGGGUACGAGGAUAGUGCUCAUUGGUUAUACAGUUAGAGGAUGUGAAAGGCUCAGUGAGGAACAGAGGGCCGCGGCUUCGAACUUGGGCUUCGUCUUGCCGCCUCCCGAGCCUGCUCCCGCCCCUGCUGGCGCAGCCUUUGAUUCGUUUCCUGUCGUUCUUGAGCCUGUCCGCCCCCUGGAGAUCAAGAUAAGUCCGGUGAGGGCCGGGGAGCUCCUUGUUGCGCCCGUCCAGGCCGUGGACGUGCCUAUCGAGUUGUUCGUGGACUUCUCCUCAGCAUGCCUCCUGGGCUUUCGCUGGGGUGAGUGCUGGGCCUGUUUGCAGUUCUUUCUCAUCUGCGAUCACUCCGGCCUGGAGGAUCAGAGAGACAAGGUCCUCGCUGGAAACAAGAUGCUGGAGUUUAGCUUCGAGCUCGUGCAAUGUGCAGCGGCAGGCAGCCUUACCUUCUGGAUCGAGAACCCACAGGGAAGCUGGUUCUGGAAGCAACCCGCUUUGGAGGAGAUCAAAGCCGAGGACGCUGGAUGGAUGGGAGAUUUCAGGCCCCUUGAUCUCGCUCGCUGCGCCAAGUGCUCUGGGGCGCGGAUCGGGGAGGCUGACAACCCUGGUCCGCGCGGACCUGUUAAGAGACGGCCUCCAGUGCAGCUCAAGGAGGUCGCAACAGUGACCAAGGGAACAGCCACCUUGCGGGCCGGCAUCUGGAGCGAAUUUCAGGCGUGGGUUGCGGAGGAGUGCGGCGACGAAGUCUGGAGGACAUUGGAGCAGCAGCCAGACCUGCUUGUCGAGGUCCUCUUGAGCUAUGGCCAGCGCCUCUACGACAGAGGCCGGUCUCUGCAGGAGUUUCGCCAGCUUCUUGCGCACUGCCAGCACGUCGUACCGAGAGUCAAGACCAUCUUGAAGCCGGCGUGGACUCUACUCACUAAGUGGGAAAAGCUGGAGCCUUCAGAACAUCGGACGCCAAUGCCGGAGCCUAUUGCUUGGGCUAUGGUAGGUUCUUGGGCUCUUGGGGCGAGAAGAGCUGAUCUUCUCACGCCCAAGGAUCUCCUCCAGCGAGAAAAUCGCUACUACCUCCUCCUCCGCGAGCCCAAGUCGAGAGGUCGAGGUGCCAGGGUGCAGCAUGUUGCUUUCGACCUCGAGCCUGGACACGCUUUCUUCGUUGAGAAGGUCUGGGGCUCUUUGAGAUCGAGCGAGCCUCUCUUCCCUGGUAGCCCUGGCGUUUACAGAAGACGGUGGGACAAGCUCUUAGCUGCCCUCGAGAUCCCGAGCCGCUUCAAGCUCACGCCAGGCUGCCUUCGUGGAGGCGGUGCAGUCGCUGCGUAUCGCCGCAAGAAGCCCGUUGCAGACAUUCAGUGGACUAUGCAAGGGAAAACGUUCAGGCCGCUUCAGCUCUGCUUCCUCUCCAGCUCCGUUAUUCCCCAGCGCACGAGCUGCUUCGCCCUUCGGGCUGUUGGCCAGCUGUUGGCCGGUUUCUUUGGAUGGAGUGGGAAAUCUGCUU